AUGGUGAUGUGGCGGUGGUGCACUGUGCUGGUGCACCUGUGCCUGCUGCACGACUUCAGCGACGCGCUACAGUCGUUUGUGCGCGAGCCCUCCGACCAGUACGUCAGGGAGGGCCAGACGGUGGUGCUCCCGUGCCAGGUGUCGGAGCCAGUCGGCCAGGUACAGUGGACCCGCGACGAGUUCGGCCUGGGCGUCAUACGCGACCUACCCAGCUACCCGCGCUACCAGAUGAUCGGCGAUGACCACGAGGGCAUCUACUCGCUGGAGGUGCAGCGCGCCACGCUGGAGGACGACGCCGUGUUCCAGUGUCAGGUCGGCUCGGCCGCCGGUCAGCAGGGCAUCAGGUCCCGUGACGCGCGCCUGACGAUCCUGGUGCCGCCGGAGCCGCCGCGGGUGAUCCAGGGGGACCGGGUGACGACCGCGGCCGGCCUGGAGGUCCGGCUCCAGUGCGAGAGUCGCGGCGGCCGUCCUCCGGCCGAGAUCGAGUGGUACCGCGGCGACGGCGCGAUCCUCGAGAACGGCACCUCCACCGAGUCGGCGCUGAUGGCCGACGGCAAGCGGAGUGUGGUGCGCUCCACCCUGGUGCUGACGGCGGCGCCGGCCCACCACGACACGACCGUCACCUGUCGGGCGCACAACGCGGCGCUCACUCGGCCGCAGACGGCCGCCGUCCGGCUGCAGGUCACGUUCCCGCCGGAGGUCAGCGUCAGCGCCGACCGGGCGCGCGCCGCCGAGUUUGAUGACGUCACCCUCCACUGCCGCGCCACGGCCAACCCCGGCCAGGUUCGGUAUCGCUGGUUCGUGAACGGCGAGCCGCUGCCAGGCCAGACCGACAGCUCCACGACGCUGCGCGCCGUCGGCCGUCACCUGGACAACGCCUCCGUGCUCUGUCAGGUCACCAACGCCGCCGGCACGGGCAGCGACGCCACCCAGAUAAACGUGCUCUACGCGCCGCGCUUCCGCGCCGAGCCGCGGGACGUGGCCGCGGACGUGGGCCAGGAGGCGACCCUGCUCUGCGACGUGGACGCCAACCCGGCGCCCGAGGUCAGCUGGGUCAGGCGCGAGUGCGACGCCUGUCCGGAGCCGGUGGGCACCGGCCGCCGCCUGACGCUGGUCGCCUCCGCCGACACGGUUGGCCUCUACGAAUGUCGCACCUCGGGCGAGCACCACCCGGCCGUUGACGCCGGCCACUGCGCCGUGGUGGAGGAGGUCGUCGUGGGCGGCAUCCGCAGCUUGCUCGUGAUCCCCGACGCCCGUGAGGAGGACUUUGGCCUGUACAACUGCUCCGUCACCAACACCUACGGCACGGACUCGGCGCUCGUCAUCCUGGAGAAGCAGCGAGAGCUUCCGCUGCUCGUCAUCCUGACCAUCGCGAUUGGGGGCAUCAUCGUCAUCACCACCAUCAUCCUGGUGAUCAUCAUGUGCCAGCGUCAUCGCCGCCGUGCUAAGGACGUGCCGACAGAGACGCCCGAGGUGAUCACUGAUUGGACGUAA